CUCCGAACGCAUACGAACCUGGCCACCAAAACAAGCACAUCGCUCGAGACAUCCUCGCAAACUGGGCCUACAGCGAUGAAACGCCCCAGGCGCCGCGCCCAGACGCUGCGACGGGGCGGGCUCGAGGGCCAGGGCAUAAUGCCGCCCCCAAGGGGGAGUUCGACAGUACGCAAAAUGGAGCAGCAGCUCUCUGCCCCCACGCAACGACUUGUCGCGCGGGAGGGGACGUCGCUAGAAAUCGCGCGCAGGCAGCACGGGCCCAGAGGGGAGAGGAAGACGACGGGGGGGACCUGGGGAAGCAGAGGAAAAGCUAGGAGUGAAGGAUGGGAGGCGGAAAAAACACACGCCAAACGACACCGCACCACACUACACUAAACGGCACUAAGUGGGAGCUGGGAUUCGCCAGGGCGCAGAAAAAAGGUUCCCAUGAGUUGCCACCUAACGCGACCGCGAGGCUCAGGCCAAGCGGCGCGACCACGAAGGCGGCGCGAGCCUACCACAGCUACAGGGGAGAGCAGAGGCGAAGCGCCGCAGCAGGGAUGAGAACGCAGCACACCGCUCGUCCCUGGCGGGAGCAGGUCCCAAUUACUUCAAUCGAGGUGCCAGAAGCAGACUCGCAGCCGGGUCACACCCCGCAUAUCUCAAACGGCUGACGCGUGACGGCGCGAAAGCAGUGCAGGAGCCUGGACAGCUCAGGGGGUGAGCCUGCACGGACCAGGCACGAGCCUGGGAAUGAGUACUGGAGGUUGCAAGAACGGCGGCGAGACUGGGCGGCGCACUGCGUUGAACAAUAGGAGCAACUAGGCCACUAACUAGAGUGGAGGGGGGAGGAGGCGAGGAAACAGGAGGGAGGAGGGAAGACGGGGACGAAAGAGGAAGAGGAAUAGAGGGAGAAGGGGCCCCAGCAGCGCGCUGCCGUCAGAGGCGGGGCACGUCAGCUUCGCCGCGAGGUCAGGCCCCAAGGCCGCGGUCAGAGGGCGGUGCUGGGAGGCGUGCUGGAGCCGUUCUGCCCGCAGCCAAGCCCGCUCGCCGAGCAGCGGUGGCCAGAGGCGGUAGCCGAGAGCGCGGGCGGGAUUCUGCACGCUCGUGUGGGCUAGCGGCGGGGGCGACCUUGCGGCAGCCGCGGGGACCUGUGGCGUCCACGUGUGAGCCAUUGGCGAGCACGGAGCAGGAAACACGGAGCACGGCCAGAGCACGGCCGGAGCACGAGGAACGGACGCGAAGUGGAGCACGGAGCACGGCUUGCACUUCUGCUCCACAGCUGCAUGGCUCGCGCGGCGAACUUCGGGACACUCCCACCGCAGUCGGCCUGAGCGCCUGGCACGCUGCGCCGAAGGCGUCCCCAUGUCUGGCGAGGCCCGCGCGGCGAGCCCCAGGCCGCCCUCCUGCAAGAGGCCGGCCGCGCUCCGCAAGCCGAGGCGGAUGUUCUGGCCCGAGCCUUGGCGAGCUCGGCCAGCGGGCUCUGGGCCGCCUGGCAGCUGCGCAGGGGACGUCCAAGCCCGAGUCCGCGCGAACUCGGCCAUCAAGCUUCUGGCCCGCGCGGCCAACUCUGGAGUUGGGUCAGGGCCCCCGCAUAGAACUCCCCGACGGGCUCGUGGAAUCGAACCAGGACGCACUGACCUGGCGAGACAGGGGUGCGGGAUGAGAAAGAGGAAGAAGGAGGAGAAGAAGCAGAGAGGGAAGGGGACGAGGAGGACGAGGAGAAAGCAGGAGCAGCAGCAAAGGCGGGCCAUCGAGCAGGGAGAGCGCGCGCAGUGCCCCCCUUGUCUCGCGCCCCUCCUGGAGCCCCGCUCGUGUGACCGCGCAGAGCCAGCCGCCGAGCAAUGCGCAACAACGGCGUCCGCGACCCAGGGCGGGGGGCGCGGCCCCGAAGCCCAGAGAGCCGACGGAACAAGUGGGGACGUCGAGCCCGAGAGGCCAGACCAGGAAGAAGGAGAGACGGAAUGGAAUCACAAAUGAAAUAGACGAGCAGAGACUCGCGGACUUGUAACACUGAGCGGCACACUACGGAGAAAUGUUC